AAGAACUCCUCCCUUGUCAUCAGACCUAUAAAUACCCUGACGAAGAGAAUUUCAUUUCACUCACUCAUCAUUUCAAAGCUGAAAGAGAGAACGAGAGAGACUCUAACAGGAGAAUUAGAGAGAGAAAAGGAGAGAUGGCUAAAGACAUAGAUGAUCUACCUAAGAUUGAAGCUAACUACACAGCCUUGACGCCUUUGUGGUUUCUGGACAGAGCAGCUACUGUACACCCCAACAGAAAAUCUCUGGUCCAUGGAUCUCUGCACUACACAUGGCACCAGACCUAUCAACGAUGCCGUCAGCUGGCCUCCGCUCUCGUCAAGAAUAACAUCGGCGUCGGUAGCACGGUAGCAAUAAUUGCACCGAAUAUCCCCGCCAUGUAUGAAGCUCAUUUUGGUGUUCCCAUGGCUGGAGCUGUGGUAAAUGCUGUCAACAUUCGUUUAAAUGCUUCAACCAUCGCUUUCCUUUUAGGCCAUUCAAAAUCUGCAGUACUAAUGGUGGACCAAGAGUAUUUUACCUUAGCAGAGGAAGCUUUAAAAAUCUUGCGAGAAAAAGAGAUUAAUUUUAGCCCCCCAUUACUAAUUGUUAUAGCUGAUGAAAGCUGUGACCCCAAGGCCCUGAAAUAUGCUCUGGACAAAGGAGCCAUUGAAUAUAACAAAUUCUUAGAAAGUGGUGACCCCAACUUUGCUUGGAAACCACCAGCAGAUGAGUGGCAGAGUAUUGCUUUGGGUUAUACUUCUGGUACAACCGCCAGUCCCAAAGGAGUAGUUCUUAGUCACCGAGGGGCAUAUCUCAUGGCUCUGAGUUGUGCUAUGAUUUGGGGUUUAUAUGAAGGGGUUAUUUAUCUUUGGACUUUGCCUAUGUUUCAUUGCAACGGUUGGUGUUAUACCUGGUCUCUUGCAGCUUUUUGUGGGACUAAUAUAUGCUUGAGGCAGGUCACAGCUAAAGCAGUAUAUUCUGCUAUUGCAAACCAAGGUGUAACUCACUUCUGUGCUGCACCUGUGGUGUUGAAUAGCAUAGUAAAUGCUCCAAAAGAAGAUACUAUCCUCCCCUUACCCAGAGUAGUCCAUGUAAAUACAGCUGGUGCUGCUCCCCCUCCUUCUGUUCUCUUUGCCAUGUCAGAAAAAGGCUUUCGGGUCACACAUACCUAUGGUCUUUCAGAAACUUAUGGUCCAUCCGUUGUAUGUGCAUGGAAACCUGAGUGGGACACACUGCCUCCUAUAACACAAGCUCGCCUGAAUGCACGCCAAGGCGUGCGAUACACUGGCUUGGAAUGUCUAGAAGUAGUUGAUACUAAAACUAUGAAACCUGUCCCUGCAGAUGGAAAAACUAUGGGAGAAAUAGUGAUGAGAGGAAAUCUUGUAAUGAAGGGUUACUUAAAGAAUCCAAAAGCUAAUGAAGAAGCCUUCGCCGGUGGAUGGUUUCAUUCCGGUGAUCUUGCAGUAAAACAUCCAGAUGGGUAUAUAGAAAUUAAGGAUAGAAGCAAGGAUAUUAUCAUUUCAGGAGGCGAAAACAUCAGUAGCUUGGAAGUUGAAAAUGUGCUGUACACUCACCCUGCAGUAUAUGAAGUCUCUGUAGUAGCAAGAGAAGAUGAGAGAUGGGGAGAGUCCCCAUGUGCUUUUGUGACAUUGAAACCAGAUGUAGAUAAAUCUGAUGAAGGCCGUUUAGCAGAGGAUAUAAUCAAGUUUUGCCGUUCCAAGAUGCCUGCUUAUUGGGUUCCAAAAUCUGUUGUCUUUGGACCAUUGCCAAAAACUGCUACUGGGAAGAUUCAGAAACAUAUUUUGAGGGCCAAGGCAAAAGAGAUGGGACCUGUCAAAGUGAGCAAGUUAUAGAGGAUUAUCUGUUUGUGUCAUGAUUAAACUGUCAAUUUAAAUAAAUUAUUAGCAAAUCAUACGCUUUUUUUAUUUUUUGAAGAAGAAGCAAAUCAUAUGCUUUUUAGUCUAUUGUUUAUCACAUGGAAAUAAACUUGAUGAAAUUUUCAUUUAAAGGCCUUUUUCCUUUUGUA